AAGGGGGAGCUCCCACGCAGGCUCGGCGUGGACAUGCUGCUGCUACAGCAUUGAGCCUCCAAACACCACCAUCUCUUGCCUUCUCCUCUUUCCACCACCCCCACCACCACCUUCUCCAUUUUUCCACUCAGCUAUGGGAGUUGCCUACAGUGUUGGAGAGGUUGACCACCUCUACACCUUCUUUGUACAAUGGUCACCAGAUAUGUGCACCAACAACAGUAAGAAGAAGCCCCACUUUCAGAACAGGUGUCAUGUGGGAAAGAAGGGGCCUUCAAGUCAACACCUCAGCAAUCCUGCAGCAACAAAUUGGGGGAUUAUCACGGGAAAAGACACAAAGCGCCGUUUGAGUCUGUGCAGUUGGGACUCUGAAACAGAAGAACCCGAGUACCAGGGCAAAGGUCACGACCUUCUACCUGUCCUAAGUGAUUAUAGCGAGCUUCUGGAUGACAGACACCUGCUAAGUCUUGCAUCGCACAUGCCGGAUCGAACUCAAGUCUGCGAGUGGCAACUGGUCUACAGCACUGCUGUCCAUGGGAGCAGCCUCAAGACACUCUACAGAAAUAUGGCAGGCUUGGACGGUCCCGUGCUGCUGGUUGUCAAAGAUACGCAGAAAAAGGUUUUUGGAGCCUUUUCAUCCGAUCCGUUUCGAGUAAGCAAAUACUGCUAUGGGACUGGAGAAACUUUUCUAUUCACCUUCAACCCUGACUUCCAGGCUUAUAAGUGGAGCGGCGAGAACUCCUACUUUGUAAGCGGCAACAUGGAGUCUCUUCAUCUCGGAGGUGGAGGGGGAGAAUUUGGUCUCUGGAUAGACGCGGAUCUGUACCGAGGCUCCAGUUUUUCAUGUCCCACAUUCCACAACGCUCCACUCUCCACGCAGACGGACUUCAUCAUACAAGACCUGGAGGUCUGGACCGUACGGAACUGAACAUUUGAAAAAUGGCGGAAAGAAAGACGCUUCCGCCGGGCGACGUUUGUUUGCGGGUGCCGUUAGCUAAGCUAGCGGGGUGCUUAUUAUAUAUUACCGAUCGGUCGGUCAGGCUGGUUACUGUGAUGAUGAAAAGAUUGAGAGCACUGCUGCCUUAAACUACUGCCCGCUGUCCGUCAGAAGCCUACGUAAGCUAAGCUAAGCUAAGCCACAAGCCUUAAGCCUUCCCUUCCUUGGCCGAGAACAGUGUUGGCUAAGAAACUUUGUGAAAUCAAAGCGCCUUUGGGAUGAAAUGAAAUGAGCGAUACUGUACUUUAUGAUGAACAGGCAUGUUUGCGUGUAACUUAACACUGUGUUUCGUGUACAUGAACCCGUUCAAGGGAAAUGGUACAACCGCUUUGACGAUGAUGUGACAAAGUGGCUGAGUGUCAUUUGAAUAUGAGUAGGCCUAUAAGGUCAGAAAAAAUAAAAGUUCUCCAUUUUCUUAAUAUAAUA